CACAAAUCUGGAAAGUUCUUAUGAUAAUUAAUUUGUUCCUCUUCAAAAAUAUAGGGUCUACAGAGAAUAUUUCUAAACACAAACUGAGUGGAAUCAUCGAAUGGAACUUUGAAAAAAGGCCGUUUUGCAAUGCUUUUACAGGUUGUGGAAGAAAGCGCACUUUUAUAUCACAGGCUAAAAUUGAAGAUGCUGAAGCAUUGUCUGGUCUUAUAGACAUGAAUGCGGAGCCAGCUGUAGCAAAUGUACAAAGACAAAUUAUGUCCCAAGCAAAACUAUUUGAGGCUCUAAAAGAGGGAACCAAAGAAAUUUUAAUGCAAAAUAAUAAAGACAAGUUAAAUGAAUUACAAACAGAUUAAAUCUAACUAUUGUAUCGACAUUAAGAUAAAUAAUAAACUUUUAAUAAAUUGAA